AUGGACAAGCUGCCGGUAGAGAUCCUGACCAAAAUCAUCGACUUUCUUACCCCUCGUGAGAAGGUACCACUACAAUUGGUCUCUAAGAAGAUCUUUGACCUCGCCCGCGAUAAUAAUCUUUGGAAACUUCAUUGUUAUGAGGAGUCGUGGGCUGCUUUGCGGGCCUCCCGUCCCGCGGGCCGGAACUCGGAGAGCCUGCUUACGAAUGAGACUGCGUUCCUGAGCAGCCUGGGACAGACCUCGUUACGCGAUCUGAUUCAACCCCCUGCUCCACAGCCUGACUCUGGUGGUCAGGAUUCUCGUGGACUGCCCUUGAGCGAGAGAGCGAGAGCAGCGGCCGAGUGGGACUCGUCAGCAGAGGGAGAACACGUGGACUGGUACUCGGAAUAUAUCGCUCGUCAUGGGCCUCUUUCUUUUUCAUGGGUACAGCAACCGCUGCACGCAAAAAGCGAAGGUCGCAAGCGCCAGCCCUAUGAAAUUAAGGGCAUGGGACUGUUGAAAGACUGGAGUUCCGCGCGAGAAAACAAGAUCAUUGCUCCACUUGACGAUGGCAGCGUCUGUAUUUGGGACUUGAACCAUUCUCACUCCUCUGAUUCACAAUCUGGUAAAGGUAGAAUCCUUGGGACGAGCGAGCCGGGUGUUCUCAUGAAGGAUCUCUCUGGGCGAAGAGAGCACUCGCCUUCAAAAUCUUCCCUAGAUUUUAUUAAUCUCGGCGAGGGUGUGAGUGUAGACUCAUUCCGGCGGCGGGCGUAUCUUGCCAUUGGAAAUGUCCUCAAUGAGGUCGAUUUGGAGACUUUGCGGGUUAUCUCGCAACAACGCUACCCUUGGUCCAUCUUUGCGCUGUCUCAAGAGACUGAUUAUUCAGUUCCACUAACGCUAGCAACCACACUUAGCCUACAGAUACAUGACUCUAGAUUAUCGGCCGCGGAAGAGGAGGAGGCUAUCAGUUUACGAUGCGAGAAGAACUCGGCGCCGUUGGUUCCAGAGCUAGAUAUAUUCCCGCACUACGACUCGCCACAACUACAGUUGCAACCGAAUGGUCUGCCGCCUCGUCGACUUCGCAGCCCAGGUCCUGAGCAAGAGAACUAUGCGCCGCUAUUCCAGCCUGGUCCCCUCUCUAUAUUACAUCCGCCAGCCCCACACGUGAACACCAUUUUGCUGGCCGAGCACCGUUCAUUCUGGCGGUCGACUGUGCGGUCUUGCAUCUGCUCCCGGGCCCCGCUUCCCGUGUUCUCCGACUCUGUCUACCCAGAUUCCCAUUCCAUUGUGGCGUGCGGCGAAUACAACGGCAGAGGCUCUUUGGAGCUUUACAAUCUUCGGUCCUCGUCUAAGGAAACCGACAACAGCAAUCUAUCAGACAGAUCGUCACAGUUGACCCCAAUGUAUAAAAACCGGCAAAGUGCGGCUAGUUCCAAGCUGUUGUCAGUGGCAUCACACGGUAAUCGCCUUGUCUACUCUGACUCCGAGGGCAAUAUCAAAUGGGUGGAGCGAAACGGCCGAGCAGAAGUACGACGAUGGAACAUCAAUACUUCACAACCAUAUGAUCCAUCCCCGCCGCGUGGUCUCUGGCCAAGCUCUGGGCUCCAAAAUCAGAACAACGAGGUUGCACGAAAAGUUCUUCCUACCGGAGGCAACCUUUCCGGGGACGAGUUACUGAUCUGGACGGGUGAGCGCAUUGGGCGCAUCAGGUUCUCCGUUCCCGAAGAUCGUUACCUCGACGAGAUCGAUGAAGACGACUGGUUCAUGCAUGCAGAAGUCGACGAGGAGACACGAGAAGCUAUGCGAAAGAAACACCGCGACGAGUGGGAGAAGGAGAAAAGAUAUGAAAAGACCAUGCGGCAAGCCUUGGAGAGACAGGCAGAUGAGGUGCGUUGGAUGGGGACGGACGGUAUGAGCUGA